AUGCAGGGCAAGGCCAAGCUGCUGCUGGUCCACAACGGCCGCAUGGGCCCGGCCGUCUCGGAUGGAGAGUUAAAUGCCUCCAGGGCRCGUGGCAGCAACCACAGCGUGAACAGCCUGCCAGGACCACAGAGCACAUGCAGCUCCUCGCAGAAGUCCGUGGUCAGCUGGGCCGAAUCCUUCGAGACGCUGCUCCAAGAUCGUGUGGCCGUCACCUACUUCACCGAGUUCCUCAAAAAGGAGUUCAGCGCUGAGAAUGUCUACUUCUGGCAGGCAUGCGAGCGCUUCCAGCAGAUCCCGGCCAGCGACACGCAGCAGCUGGCGCAGGAGGCCCGGCGGAUCUACGACGAGUUCCUCUCCAGCCACUCGGUGAGUCCCGUGAACAUUGACAAGCAGGCCUGGAUUGGGGAGGACGUGCUGGCCACCCCAUCGCCGGACAUGUUUCGCAUCCAGCAGCUCCAGAUCUUUAACCUGAUGAAGUUUGACAGCUACACACGCUUUGUGAAAUCCCCACUCUACCAGGCCUGCUUGAGAGCAGAGAGCCAGGGGCAGCCCCUGCCAGACCUGCGGCCCCACUCCCGCAGCAGCAGCCCCCCACCCGACCUCAGCAAGAAGUCGAAGCUGAAGCUGGGCAAGUCUCUGCCGGUGGGUGUGGAGGCUGCAGGCAGYAGCAGCAGCAAGGGCAGCCCRCGCCGCUCCUUCAGGAAGGGGGAGCGAAGGGAGCCCUCGUGGGCAGAGGGCGAAGGCAGCGGCAGCGCCAUGCUGUGGCGCGAGUCUCAGGGCUCCCUGAACUCCUCGGCCAGCCUGGACCUGGGCUUCCUGUCCUCUACCAGCACCUCCACCAGCCCCUGGACAGAGAGCCACAGGAAGAGCCUGGGGGGCUCCGAGGCGGAGGCCAAGCCCAUGAAGUACUGCUGCGUGUACCUGCCGGACGGCACGGCCUCCCUGGCCUCYGUGCGGCCCGGCCACUCCAUCCGCGACAUGCUGGCCGGCAUCUGUGAGAAGCGUGGCUUCAGCCUUCCCGACAUCAAGGUCUACCUGGUGGGGAAUGAACAGAAAGCGCUUGUGCUGGACCAGGAGUGCUCUGUGCUGGCAGACCAGGAGGUGAAGCUGGAGAACAGGAUAAGCUUUGAYCUGGUGAUUUCCUCCCUCAAUAAGACCAUCCGCAUCACAGCCAAGUCAACCAAGCGCCUGCGGGAAGCACUGCAGCCUGUGAUGGGGAAAUAYGGUGUGAGCGCCGAGCUGGUGUCGCUGCGGCGGCAAGGCGAACCGGGGACCUUGGACCUGGAGAAGCUGGUUAGCACRGUGGCUGCUCAGAAACUUGUCCUGGAAACACCCGCAGGCACCAAAGUGAUGGAGAGCGCUGAGGCUGCAGCUGCCCCCUACCCGCUCCGGAGCGAGGAGGGAAGUCCGACCGGAGCAGAGGCCGACGUGCUGUGGGAGAUGCCCUCCUCCUCCUCCAGGCCCCGCUCAUCCGCUGCCACAAAUCUGAACCGGCGCACGUAYGACCUGGAAGGACUUGUGGAGCUGCUGAAYCGGGCCCAGAGCUGCAGGGCCAACGACCAGCGUGGCCUGCUCUCCAAGGAGGACCUGGUCCUGCCUGACUUCCUGCAGCUCCCGGGCCACGAUGACAGUGCCUGCGAGGGGUCACAUCAGCCGCACGAGCCUCACGCAGACCCCAAGGGAGGUGACCAGCCUUCCCCCGCAGAGCCAACACCAGCUCAAYCUGCAGUCGACUGUGAGCGCUGCUGAGUCCUGCCGCACGUCUGCGCCCAGCACGUGGCACCCCGGGCCAUGGCAGGGCCAACACRGGGCCUGGCCAGCCCCUGCCCUGCACUGCCGGCACUGCCCGGGCCGCACAUUCGUCCACGUCCUGUUCCAAACUGUCGUGUCGUGUUGCCGUGAGUGGUUGAGCAACUGCCAUGCCCUUCAGUGGGGUCGCAUCCUGGUGCACGCCAAGGGAGUCCUGUACAUAGUAGUUUGAGCUCCCGUGCAAAGCACUUUGCAAUUUCCCAUGCUCGCCUGGCACUGUUCUGCUCAGAGCUUUUGCCUCCUCUGCCUGGGGCAGAGCUUCCCCUGGGCAAAUCCUACCCAUGCCAGGCUGGCACAGCCCCGUUGCCUGUCCAGGUGGCGGGAGCAGCCAUUUAACUGAAGGGUGUGAAGGAUAGGGAGGAGCCAAAUGAAUUAGGUGCCAAGGUAGGGGCCAGCCCUGUACCCUAGUGCAGUGAGCGGGCAGGGUCAGGAGAACACGUGCAGACCUGAGGGAUGUAGCAAGCCCCUGUCCCAGCAGGAAUCUGAUGAUGCUUCAGUUGUUGAUAUGAGACCCAUUAGCUCUCUGGGCCUGUCUUUUAAGGUGCCUUGGCCCCCCAGUUCCUUGGGAACGUGGUCGUGCUGGCCUAUGUCCAUGGUCACAGCACCUGACAAAUUAUUACCGUCUGUUGUGCA